CGCUACGCACUAGUCGUCUGAUUGUCUUUCGCGUUGCGUUGCACCGGCUUCAAACCCCCAUUCAUCACAUAAAACUACCGUGAAUCAAAAAACCCCACUAAACCCAGUGUCCGAAAGAUAUUUCGAGUGUAGUGUAUUUUUUUCACGCCAUUCCAAAGUGUAUUUUGUGCUAGUCAUCUAUUGUUUUGUGAACAAAAAUCUGGUUUUUGUCAUCUCACCGAUUGUUUGAGAAUGCCGUGGCGCAACACUAGCGGUGCGGGGUAAGGGUCGCAGGAGGCGCCAUGAGCGCGCCGGAGCCUGGAGUGCUUCGAGCACUACAGGGGUACACCGAUCAGAGCGACAAGUGGCCCGGGCCGAGAGCUGUCAAGAUCUUCGUGGCCUCUGUCUUCAAUGACUUCCGCGAGGAGAGGCGGCAGAUCCUCGAGAUGGUCGGGCCAGAGUUGCAGGCCACAUACGACGAUCGUUACAUUGAGAUCGAGUUUGUGGACAUGCACUAUGGCACCGAUGGAGGAGAUGAAACAAAUCCAGCACAACUCCGACACUAUCUUGACGAGAUCCGAGGCUGCAGUAGAACAUCCAAAGCGGGUUAUUUUCUCUGCUUCAUUGGUAGCGACGCAUCGAGCUACCAGCCCGUGUUACCAUUCAGCAUACCGGCGAGCAUGUUCGAAGAGAUGGUCAAGUCAGAUUCGGCACAAUCCGCUCUCGUUCGAGCUUGCUACAAACUCAACGGGGACGGGACUUACCACCUUGAGGGCGAUGAUAAAUGGUUCAAUGACCUCGUGGAGCGUGAAGAGCAACGCAAGAAGCUGUCUGAAGUGCAGAAGGCCUUCAACACACUAGCACUUGCAGCAUUACCCGGGAACGCAGAUAUUGCUAACUUACUGCGGAGCCCCGUUGAAGUACAGUGCGAAUUGGCUUUAGAACUGCUAUCAAACGGGAACCAUCCAAAGGGGCUGAUCGCGGUGUUUCGUGACCUCCCGGACUUGGAACCUGAUGACUCCAAGCUGACGUCACUGGCCCACGCCAGACUGAAGGACCUGCGGAGUAGACUUGAAGAUGCCUUGCCUGAGAGCCAUAUUGUGAGACUUGAGCCAUCAUCAGCCGAGUCUUCAAGGACAGAUGGCGCUUCAGAUAACGAGGAGAAGUUGGCACCCUUCAGGGAGCAGGUUCAGACGGUGGUCAGCUCGCUUGUUGAUGACAGCCUUAGUACCGAACCCGACCAGGGGAAGGGAAGAAAAAAGACUGUACAGGAAGUUUUUCUGGAACACAUCACUCAUCUUAGGAUAUGUAUAGAACAUAAUCGUCUAUAUAAGGUUAAUGUUAAGCAAAUUGAAGACGCAGCUAAGAUUAUACUAAGUACUGCUAAGGAGAACUACGAAAGUCGGACACGACAUCCGCCAGUUUUAAUAUACGGGCCUGAUGCUUCAGGAAAGACCACUUUGUUGACGCAUUUAUACACAAAAAGCGAGGAAAUUUUUCCAAAGCCUAUAUUGAGGAUAAUAAGGUUUUCGGCGUCAACGCCAAGGUCAGCGUAUAACUUGGAGUUGUUGCGAGUGAUGUGCCAACAAAUAUCGAUAAUACUGAACAUUCCCGAAGGUUACUUGCCAAAAGAUGCGAGUUUCGACCCGUUGUAUAUAAACAAUUGGUUUCAAAGUCUGUUGAAGAGGUGCGAGGAUAUGGAGAACGAAGUUCUGUUGAUAUUCAUCGACAACGUGCAUAGGGUCAAUCCCUUGGAAUGUGAUAUUGUAACAGGGUUGUCUUGGCUACCGAUGUCGUUACCAAGAAACGUCUUUCUGGUAUGCACUACAGCUGUAUCUCUCGAACAGCUGCAACUGACGCCGGCACAGAAAGAAAAGUUUAAAGUUCAGAAUUGCUACUACCUAUUGGAUGCUAUAGAAGAGACCUCGGAGAACAAUAGCUAUGGAGACUAUAUCGAUGGUGCCUUUGAUAACUUAGAAGCAGUGUUUGGAUCUAAAGCGUUUAGUAAAUUAGCUGGUUAUAUCACAUGUUCAGAGUUUGGUCUGACGGAGCUCGAGUUAUUGGAGUUGCUAAUGCCCACCAGCAACAGCGAUGCCGUCAUCACACUCAAAGACUCUAACUUCAACUUCUCUACGGUUUGCGUCGCCAAGUACAUGAUGAAAUCCCUAAUCUGCGAGAACGUGGUAUCGGGCCGUCUGACAUGGCGCUGGCGCGCGGCGGCGGCGAGCGCACGCGCUCGGCGGCGGUACGUGCGCGUUCAGAGCGCGCUGCGGGACGCGCAUUCCGACCUGGCUGCGCUGCACUUCGCUAGCUUCCUUCAAGACGCCGAUGACACCGACACUUCCGAAGCUCAGGAACCUGGUUGCGUAGACGACGACGAUGCAUUGCUAGACUCGACCCCGUUCCACUCGGGCAGUCGCACGGCUGCUGCCUUCACUCAGAGGCACGUGGAAGAGUCCUGGCUGCACCUCCUUCUGGCAGGAGACUUCUCCAAGCUGAAGGACUUGACUGUAUGCAACUUUGACUUCCUGCUUGCUGCUGUACAAACAGUGACUAUAUCGUACCUGCGCUGCAUCUUGGAGCACGUGCGCUGCUACAUCCUCGACCGCGACGUGGAGCUGGUAUACGGUGCCGUCCGAAAAGCCAGCGACAUCCUCACUAGGGAUCCCAUGCAGCUCGGUGCGCAGAUAAUAGCGUGGCUCCGGCCGGCGGUGGCGCGUCGCGGGGUGCUGGCGACCCUCGUCACCUCAGCUAUGGCCUGGUGCGACGGCUACGACAAGCCCCUGCUCGUCCCUUUAAAUGGAUGGCUUCAACCACCAAUAGCUUCGACAGUACGAGUGGUAUCAGUCGGGGGAUCAACUCUAGGCGCCGGUGCCAAGUUGCUGCAGCUAGCACCAUCUGGCCAACAUCUGGUGCUAGCCCCGUCAGCCGGCGACCCUCAACUCUGGCAUGUCAUGUCUAACUCCAAGGUUCACACUUUUAAAGGUCACUCAGGCAGAAUAUUAUGCAUGUGCGUGACAAGAGAGUCACAGUAUCUGCUCACUGGUUCCGAAGACACCAGCGUCAUAGUGUGGGAUCUCCACACUUUAGCCGUCAAAACCAAAAUCUUGGAACAUAUUGCCCCAGUUUUAUGUGUCGCUGCAAUCGUCAACCGGUCUCUGGUGAUCAGUGGAGGUGAAGACUCGGCUGUUAUCGUCACUUCUCUUGUUGAUGGAGCCCUGGUAACGAAACUUGACCAUCACCGGGGCUCCGUGACAGCCGUAAAGGUUAUCCAAGAUGGUGAGAUUCUUGUGACCGGGUCACAAGAUGGUACCGUCUGCACGUGGAAUGUGGACAACUUCACUCUACUCAGCACGAUCAGCGCUGGGGUGCCCAUCCAUGCCAUGGACAUCACCGAAGACAAUGUCUUCCUCAUCACACUACAAGGAGACAACGAACUCCACCUCCGAACGUUUAUCACUGGAACACACCUUCAUGUACUCAAGAGACACAAAGCCAAGGUAAAAUGCUUCUGCGUGGGUCACGACUCGUCACGCGCAGCUGUGGGAUGCUCGGAUCAGAGGAUUUACCUUUACAGUCUGCACACUGCGCAACUCCUGCGCACUCUCGCGGUAGCGCAUGACCUUGCAGCUUUGGCAGUCGCUGACAGAGACCACUUCUUACUAGCCGCUGGUGGCAAUAGAGUGACGAUCUAUUCAUUCCACACGGAGGACAACUUGACCAACUUUCGACCCACAAAGCAGACAAACAGACGCCAAACUAAAUCUACAACCAACGUUAGUUUACUGCAGGCGGAACAAAGCGAGCUAAUCCCGAUAAGCUGUCUGGAAGUGUCUCGUGACGGGCAGUUGGCGGCCAGUGGGUGCGCCCGAGGGUUGGUUCGUGUUUGGCAACUAUCCACUCACCGGUUACAAGCCACAUUCAACGGUCACAUUGGCCACGUCACCUGCGUCACAUUUUCUCCGAACAACUUGAUGGUGUUAAGCGGCUCUGAAGACAGGACAAUCGUCGUUUGGCAAUUGGCUGAUAAUUCACCGUCGCUUACUUAUAAGGGUCACACAGCAGCUCUUCAGACGUUAUUGAUGAUGUCGGAUGGCCGCAGAGCCAUGUCCGGCGACCGGUCUCGCAAUGUCCACGUCUGGCUGGUGGAUUCUGGCAUAGUACUUCACUCCACCACUGGUCCGAGCGCGAGUAUUGACGUCACCCUCAAUAUGAAGUUUGCGGUCCUCUCCGACGGUGACAACGCUAUACGUAUCUGGGCUCUUGCGGGAGGAGAUAGCGGAGAAGAACGGAGGAAUGUCUCUCACGCCGAGAGGAUCACCUGCUUUGCACUGACAGCUGACUCACAACAUGUAGUUACUGGCUCUAUGGACAUGUCGCUCAAAGUAUGGCAAUUAGAUGGCGGGAAGCUAUCACAGGUUUUAGUCGGCCAUUCUGAUAUUGUAACCUGCGUCGCUGUGUCGAUCACCAACAAAACGCAAGUGGUGUCAGGAUCCUGGGACUGUAACCUUAUCGUUUGGGAUAUCAACACAGGAUCUGACAUCCACUUACUAUCCGGUCAUCUUGGCAAGGUCACAUGCGUCAAAGUCACCGGUGACGGGUCUAUCGCUGUAUCGGGUGCUGAGGAUAAAACACUAAUAAUAUGGGAGACAAAAAGAGGUUUAGCAUUGACAUCAUUGUCACUACAUGUUCCUCUCCUUGGUUUCCAAAUUACAAGUGAUUGUGCUCGUAUCGUCGUUCAUCUAUUAGAUCGAGGUUGUCUUCCAAUUAUAUGUCUACACAAUACUCCAGCUACAUAUGUGAAGAUACCGACAUACGCUGCUCCUACAAAAAAAGAUAUCGACGAACUUCGCCCAUUGGCUCCUAAACGACCGAUGAGAAGACUGCUAAAGAAGGAAGUAUCUCUGGACACUUACACUUGGCAGAAAAAGUACGGUCAUCUUACAUCUGCUGCUAUGAUGGCCCAAGUCGACGAACGCUUGAAGAGAAGAUUUUCUGUGUCAGCUUCUAUGGAAGAAAUAUCAAAAAUACAAGAAGCUAAGAAUAAAGAUUUGGGAUCUCAGGUGAGUUUGGGUCCGGAAGAAGCAGCCAUAGCUCAAUCUCAACACUUCGAUCAACUUGAAGCCUUGUGGAAUAAAAUAUCUCCCCCGCGACGGCGCUCCAACAAGUCAUUGUCCAAACAAAGUUCACUGAUUGAGACCAAAUAUGACUCCUCGGAUGAGGAGCACACACCUGUAGAAGAACAAGAGCACAUGGUGGAGUAAACAUUUCGUGAAACAGACACGGUUCACUGAAAAUAAAACAACGUUUUCAUAUUAAUUUAUCUUAUUAAUUGGUUUAAUCGUUUUCGUGUUUCAAUGAGCUGGUCUCAUUAAUUUGAUUUAUUUCGAUUUAAAUUUUCCAUAACUUAAAUCAUUAAUAUUAUUUGUAUACUCUAUCUACAUCUACGAAUAUUACGUUAUUUACAUUAAUUAAAUUUGUAACUUUACGAACAUCGUUAAACGAAUAUUAAUUGUAGAGUUUUCAAAAUAAAUGUUUUUAAGUAUUUUUAGCGCAUUAAGAUAAUUUUGAAGUAGUGACUAGUAUGUUAGGUGAGCCUCUAUGCAAUGUGAUCUUCUAGAUGUAGCUUCUUUCAGGACCGAAUAUUAAUAAAUAUAUUUGAUUUCAUUUAUAUUCAAUCGCAACAUACGUAUAUUACUUCCGCAAGAAUAUUUGUUUUAUUUUUGUGUAGGUACAUUUUAGAUCAUUCUGGUUAUUUAGUUUUCAGUCAAUCGGUCCUUAUCUUUGUUAAGUCUAACUUAGCAUUCAUUCUCUAAGAUUAGGUAAAUAUUCUAGUUUUAGAUACGCAUUAGUGUACCUAUUUCAGUUCGUAGGUAUUUGUGAUAAUUGAUUACAUUAUGUAUUUGCAAUGUUUAAAACUGUUACCUCGUUUAUUGCAUAAUCUUUAUUAUAUUUAUUUAAGUCGUAAUUAAUGAAAAUAAUUUCAAUUAAUGAACACAUUAAUUGUUCUGUUUGUAAAUAGAUGUAUUUCCUGCAAUUUUUCUUGUUUAUUAAAAUCACAUUAGAGGCAUUAAUUAUGAUCAUAAUAAUGAUAUUAAGAUUUUAAUUAUUAAAUAACCUAGCCCUUCAAUUUAAUUGACGUUGAUUGAUUGAAAUUGGUAACGAAAGAACGUUGAGGUUAAAGUAAAUAAGAGACCCUUCAAUAACAGGAUACAUUUAUUUGACAUUUCGAGACGAUUGAACACAGCUACGCUAUUACUAGUUCACUUAUUCUUGCUUAGUAACCUAACCGACUUCCUUCGCAGAAUUCAGUUUUUGCUAUUCAUUUUUUGCCUUUCAACCCAAAUAGAAAUUACGCGUUAAAGAAAUAUUUGACCCUUUGCAUUAAAGCAAAGAUUUUAUUAACAUCCUCAUGUUAUUGAUUCAUGAGUUUAUUAAACAAAAACGUAAUAUAAAAAAGGCAAUUUUAAACUACAAAAUGGAAACUAAAAAUAAAGUUUUAAACUUUUAUAAAAACGUUUAAGUACCUACCUGAAUUUCAACCAAUCAAUGCACAAACUAGAGUUUUCCAAACUGUGAUCCCUUAUAAAGACUUCUACGUAAGUACACAUUAUAUUGAUUCUACAAUAGUUAUCCUUAUGAAUAAUGUAGAGUAAUAUCAUAAUAAUAUAUUAAACGUUUAUUAUAGGCACCUUGACCGUAAUAUUGAUAACCCUUUACACACCUUUAAUAUGAGAAUAUGCGACUUUAGUCGACUUGUAAACAAUAAGUAUUAGUGCACAUUACAACGGUCAUGUAGGUAAUGAUCCUCAUUAUAUUAUACCAUCUGCCAAACUACUUGGAGAUGAAAUUCACAAAUAGAUGCUUGCUGGUUUUCCUAUCGUUGUAAUUAUGUUGAGUUGUAGGUAUUUUAUACAUAAUUGCGACAUAGUAUAAUAUUGCAGCGUUAUCAUCUGUUAUUGAUAUUUUCUUUUCCAUAUUCAAAUAAACACAAUGAUAACAAUGAUAUCUUAUGACAAAUCAAGAUGUCUCAUUUUUUUGUGUGGUAAGUGGUAACAUACUUACGUCAUUCGGUAUGUCUAGUUUCGUAUCAAUUAACAAUCUGGAUUGUACCUUGAAGUUUUCUAUCAUAACAUGCUAUAAUACAAUAUUGAUGUUUAUUCGGAAUAUAUAAAUAUAAAUUUAUAUACACUACUUUGUCAUCAUUUAAAUUUGUUUGUCAAGCUAUAUAAAAUAGUACAUUUACAUUUUACAGUAGUUACUCGAGUACUUUGCAAUGAUUAAUAAAAUUACUGUUUUAAAAUUAAAAUUAAUUAAUGUCGCUUCUACAAGUAGAUACUGUCUGUAGUAAACUUUUAUAUUUAGUGUUAUUAUUUUAACCAUUAAACUAUGUUGCAGUACUUACAUCACGUUAAUUUUAGUCUUCAGUAGGCUGCAUAUCAUAAGCUAAUUGUAUUAGAAAAUUAAUGAUGUUAAUAGUAAGAACUUCGGCGCCGAAAACUUUAAAAAUGUAGAAUUUCUUCAUAAUUUUUGACUAAAUGUUGGUAUUAGAUGUUACGAAGAAAACAUAGUGAAUGCAAUAAUAUUUCAUAAGUAGUUGCACUUACUUGUAGAUAAUUAGAAUUAAGAACUGAAUUCUCUUCUAUGGAUGUCCCAAAACUGACUUUCGACCUAUGUGGCACACAGUAGUGCACCAUGCUUUAUCUUCAAUGUAUCGCCAAACGCUAACUUCACCAAACACCUAAUUAUAAGGGAAUUCGGUUUUACAUUGAAGGACAAAAUUUUUGUCGCAUGUAAAUCUAAAAUGCAGAAUAAUCGAAAGGAACAACUUUUGCUAGCCCCUGCUAUUUUAAAACAAAACUAUUUCAGAAGUUUUGUCCUCUAGUGUAUUGUAGGUACCUACUGCUACGCAAUAAGUUUAUAUUAAUCGUUAGACACUGUCACCUUGUUGACUAUUUGUAUAGAGUUUUAUAUAUUUAUCAUUUCUUACUUCUCACUGUUGGUGAGCCUUAUUUUUGACCUGUCGUGGUGUUA